AUGACGGCCACUCCACCGUCGUCGCCGAAGGGAGGCGAGAAGAAGACCGAAAAGUUCGAGAGUGCAGGAACGAGCGGAGCCAAGGGUGGCGAUGUCGUGAUCCAGCGGGUCGUUCGAGAGGUGCGUGGCGGAACUAACUACCCCAUCCUCACCAAGACGAACUACACCAACUGGGCGCGGCUGAUGAAGGUGAAGCUCAGGGCACGCCACCUCUGGCGGGCGAUCGAUGUCGGCGACGCUGAUUCGGACGACGACAUCGAGGCGCUCGACGUGCUCUGCAGCGCCGUGCCACCGGAGUUGGUGACGGCAAUCACCGACAAGGACACGGCGAAGGAGGCGUGGGACACCAUCAAGACGUUGCGCGUCGGCGACGAUCCUGUGAGGAAGAACACCGCGCAACAACUGCUGCAUGAGUUCGAACUCACCACAUUCAAGGACAGCGAGUCGGUGGAGGACUAUGCGCUUCGUCUGACCGGCAUGCAGGCUUCCCUCGCAACCCUCGGCGAUGUGUUGUUGGAGAGCAAGAUCAUGGAGAAGAUGCUGCGGAGUGUACCACCGCGGUUCAAGCAGAUCGUGGUCGCGAUCCGGACGCUCCUCGACACAUCCACGCUCUCCGUGGCAGACCUGACCGGGCGACUCAAGGUGGCGGAGGAGUCGUUCGAGGGACCGCCAUCUUCGCUGCUCCACGACGGCAAGCUGUACCUCAUGGAGGAGGAGUGGAUCGCGCGUGGGAAGCAGCGGGAGGCCGAGAACAACUCCAGCGGCGGUGCGGGCGGGAGCUCUGCACGCCGGGGAGGAAGGCGUGGACGCGGAAGAGGCCGCGGCGGCGAUUCCGGGUCGUCCUCAUCAACUGGGCCGGCCAAGAUCGGGAAAGAUCAGUGCCGGCGAUACAGGAAGACCGGCCACUGGGCCCGAGAUUGCCCAUCUCGGCCCAAGAAGGAGCAGGCCCACGUCAUCCAAGAUGAGGAGGAGGCCUCGUUGCUUCUGGUGAGGUCAACACCGCUUCUCCCCGUCCCCGCUGCAGCUCCGUCUCCGCCGUCGCCGGCGGUCGGCGGCUCAACAUCAGCGCUGACUGAUCCCUUGGGCGGGAGGCCCGAGGAGGAACCCGAAGCGGCGACCACGGCGACUCUCCUGGUUGCGACAUCGGCAUCACCAGGAGGAGCUCGCCCAGAUCCACUUCGGGCGGCGGCCGCGCCAUCCGGUGCGGUGACGGCGAGGUUGGCCGCGGGAUCCGGCUCUCAGGUGCGGCUCGUCGAGCACAAGGUGCUCGUGCACCUCAGUGAGGAGGAGAAGAACCGCGACACAACGUCGUGGGUGCUCGACACCGGGGCGACGAAUCACAUGUCGGGCGCUCGGAUGGCGUUCGCGAAGUUGGACACGGUGGUGCGCGGGUCCGUGAGCUUUGGAGACGGCUCGAUACUGGACGAGGCGGGGUACAAGAUCAACAUCGACAACGGUGUCCUGAGGAUCCGUGAGCAUAGCCGGAGGCUAGUGGCGCGGGUGCCGCGCAGGCCGGACCGGCUGUACGUGCUCGACCUCGACGUUGCACGACCGGUGUGCCUCGAGGCCCGUGGCAAGGAGGAGGCUUGGCGCUGGCACGCACGGAUGGGCCACGUCAACAUGAACGCGCUACGGAAGCUGGCGCGGGAGGAGAUGGUGCACAGCCUGCCAUCGAUCGAGCAGGUGGACCAGCUGUGCGACGCUUGUCUCGCCGGCAUGCAGCGGCGGAACUCGUUCCCGGUGGUGGCGCAGUACCGGGCCGAGCGCACACUAGAGAUUGUGCACGGUGACUUAUGCGGGCCCAUCUCGCCGGCGACACCGAGCGGCGGCAGGUACUUCCUGCUGCUGGUGGACGACAAGAGCCGGUUCAUGUGGCUGUCGGUGAUGUCGACGAAGGAUCAGGCGGCCGCGGCAAUCAAGGCGUUCCAGGAACGUACAGAGGCGGAGUCAGGCCUGAAGCUGGGGGUGCUCUGGACCGAUCGGGGUGGCAAAUUCACCUCGGUUGAGUUCGCGGAGUACUGUGCAACUGAAGGGGUGCGAUGGCAGCUCACUGCUCCCUACAGCCCGCAGCAAAAUGGUGUCGUCGAGCGGCAAAAUGGCACGGUGGUGGCGAUGGCCCGGAGCAUGCUCAAGGCGAAGGGGUUGCCGAGCUGGUUUUGGGGUGAGGCGGUGAACACCGCGGUCUACAUUCUGAACCGGUGCCCGACCAAGAGCGUGACGGGCAUGACGCCGUUCGAAGCUUGA